CUACAGUUUACAUUACAACUCCAUUAGCACGGCCAUCUAUCGCAAGCGAUGAGCAGCCCCUCCAAGCGUAACCUCUUCUUUCCCGCCGACUCGGACUCGGAGGAAGAAGCCGCUCCCGCGAGUGACGGGCCCUCGCGAAAGGAAGCGCUGUUCAUUCCCGGCGACGACGACGAUGACUUCGUGGUGGUCGGCGGUUCGGCACCUUCCUCACGUUCUUCCCCUCCACGAUCAUCCUCCCGACCAUCUGCGUCCAGACAAUCAUCCUCCUCCAAACUCACGUCGUCCGCCAAGCUCCCCUCCUCGCCACCGGCUGCUCCAUCGCGUUCCAAGCGCCCCGCGACCCAGGAGCAUCGCUCGACCGUGCGGCCUAGCUUCACGCGCGGCUACCUCGGCGAAUUUGUUUGCGAGGGCUGGUCUCUGUCCAAGGGCAAGGGAUACUGCUCGCCGGGGAGCGUGGUUGUCUUUGAGCGUCCCAAGGCCAAGGCCGUCGACAAACUCGGACCAGAUACAAGCGCCAAGCUUGGCCCAGCUCGAUUAGUGAACGGCAAAGUCGUACACGCCAAGUCAAAGAUCGGUGGGAAGCAAAUGACACUCGGUGCCAUGAUGAAGAAAGCGGCACCAAUUACGAAGAAGGCGGCGGCGAAGAAGGUCGACCAAGUUGUGCGCUUCCGAAAUGAGCGGGGCUUUGAGGUCGGUCGCUUAUCUGUCACUGAGGCCGGAUUUCUGGUCCACCUGCUCGAUGCGGGUGUAAUCGAGCUGGAGGGGCAUGUGAUUGACUGUCCGCAAGUUCUUGCGACGGGCAGCACCAUUCUGCUGAAUGUCAAGGUGUAUCUCGCGCGUCAGGGGUUCGAGAAGAUAGAGAAGAAGGACCGCUUAGAAAGCAAUACUUUCUGGCAGGAACAGCAGGAGACGGCUGAAGAGGAGGCCAUGCGCUCGCGUAAAGAGGCAUUAGGCGCACUAUUCAGUCGCAUCGGCGUGAAGCCUUUGCAGUCCAACGAGCUCGUGCUCGCGCAGAAGAAGCCUGGGUCCGCCGCUGCCAUUUUUGACGCGAACCUCAAGUCGACAGUGUCGCCGCGCAAAAGCCCACGUAAGAGUCCAAGUCCAGGGUCCGGCAAGGACAAGGGAAAGGCGUCCGCACGGAACAGCGAUGAAGAGGAGGAGGACUCAGGCGACGAAGAGGAAAAGCUCAACGAUGAGCAAUUGAACGAAAUCGACACCAUCUACCGGAAGGCACAGAUGAACGACGCGAACCUCCUCGAGUCUGAGCCACCAGACACCUUCCUUUACACGCUGCGACCGUAUCAGAAACAGGCACUCACCUGGAUGCAGGCUCGUGAAGCGGGCAAGGACAAUCUCCGAGACUCGAACCAGACCUUGCAUCCCCUUUGGGAGGAGUACGCUUUCCGGAAAGACCGUCAGGUCGGCGAUCCCAUCGAGAUUGAGGAUGACGAUGAUAUCAUCGACCCCUCGCGCAAGUUCUUCUGGAACCCAUAUAGCGGCGAGUUGAGCCUCGAGUUCCCACGGGCAGAGAACACCGCCCGCGGUGGCAUUUUGGCGGACGCGAUGGGCAUGGGCAAAACAUGUAUGAUGACGUCGCUCAUUCACGCCGCCCGCGACGACGAAGAGCCUGAGUCCUCUCAGCCUGUCAAGGAGGAGGGCGAGGACGACGAGGGACCGUCGAAGCGACGCAAGUUCGUUCAGGUCACGCUUUCGAGUAAGUGGCAGGCGGUUGCCAACGCGCCAAAACCAAAGCGCCAGCCACCUCGUGCGACGCUUGUCGUUUGCCCUGUCUCGCUCGCCGCACAGUGGAAGGACGAACUCGAGAAGAUGAGCGCCCCGGGUUCAAUUACGGCUGCCUUGUGGUAUGGUAACGACCGCGCAGACAUUAGCCGGCUGUUGGCCCAGGAAGGCAAGAAGAAGGUCGACGUCGUCAUCACCAGUUAUGGCACUCUAGGAAGCGAGUACGGGCGGUGGAAGAAGAACAAGGACAAGCCAAACUACGACGGCAGCAGUAUAUACGACUACCAAUUUCUACGCAUUGUGCUCGACGAGGCGCAUAACAUCAAGAAUCGCACCGCGCAGAUUGCAAAGGCGUGCUAUGAGCUGAAGGGGAGACGGCGAUGGGCCCUCACGGGUACGCCUAUUGUCAACCGCCUGGAUGACCUGUACUCUCUUCUCCACUUCCUCCGCUUAGAACCAUGGGGCCUGUACAGCUUUUUCCGCAGCUUCGUCACAAUCCCUUUCCUCAACCAGGAUCCCAAGGCGAUCAACGUUGUCCAGUUCAUUCUGGAGUCGUGCCUUCUGCGCCGAGAGAAGAACAUGCGAGACAAGGACGGUCGCCUGGUGGUCGACUUGCCGUCCAAAACUGUCGAUGUGCAGGUGCUUCAGUUCUCCCGGACAGAGCGCCAAAUCUACAAGCAGCUGGAGAAUCGCGCGCGGCAAAAAUUCAUCGAGCUCGACGCAGACGGUCGCGCAAUGUCCAAUUACACGUCUAUUUUGGCCAUGCUCAUGAAGUUGCGGCAGUGCGUAGACCACCCGCUACUCGUAAUGAGCAAGGGCGGAGAGGAGGAUGAGUCGGGUGAUCAGUUGCUGGACGGUGACACCGAGGGGGCGGACGAGGGUAACAUCAAGGAAUUGAUAGCGUCGUACGCUGGCGGCGAGGGAUCUGGGGCAGUCGACCCGGCGUUCGCGGUGCAGGUGCUGAAAGAGCUUGGUGACGCCGAGUCAACACCCGAGUGUCUUAUCUGUUUCGGCGAGGUGUUCGACGAGGUGCUCCUGCCCUGCUAUCACCGAGGGUGCCAGGAUUGCAUUGUUGAUUACAUCGGCCACUGUGAAGAUUUGGGCAAAGAGGCGACAUGUCCCACAUGUGACAAAGGGCCGCUGAAAGUGUCUGACUUGCGGACGGUGCAGCGACGGCGACGACGAGCAAACCCGUUUGAGAGUGCCGCUUCGCAGGACACUGUGACAAUCGGCAAGGUGGACCUUGUCUCGAGCACCAAGCUGCGCGCUUUGGCGCGCAAACUGGAGAGCAUGAGACUGGAGGAACCCACGUACAAGGCGCUCGUGUUCUCGCAGUUCACCUCCUUCCUCGAUUUGAUCGAGCAGACGUUGACGAAAGAAGGAGUUCGCUGGCUGCGAUUCGAUGGGUCCAUGAGCCAGCAACAGCGCGCGGCCUGUGUUGAGGAGUUCGGUCAACCGGCCAACGAGCCCGUCGUCCUGCUUAUCUCACUCAAGGCGGGUGGCGUUGGCCUCAACCUCACUAUGGCCAACCACGUCUUCAUGAUGGAUACAUGGUGGAACGAGGCCAUAGAGCAGCAGGCUAUCGACCGCGUGCAUCGCCUCGGACAGAAUCGCCCGGUUUUUGUCACUCGGUACAUUAUCAAGGGCACCGUGGAGAAGCGAAUCAUGAAGAUUCAACGGACCAAGACGGCGCUGAUCAACGCAUCCCUUGGCCAAAAGCAGCGCGCUUCGCUCGCCGACAUCAAGAAGAUCUUUGGAUUGGAUGAGGCGGAUUCGGAGGACGAAACGUUCUGAUGCAUCUGGUGAAGCAGGGGAGUAGAGGCUUCUUGGGAGAUGCGCGAUGGAAGCGUGGGAUGUGUGUGUGCGGUGGCGUUCGACGGCGGAAAUGGGAAGGUGGGCGGCGUCAGACUGUCAUCGCCGAGAUCUCGCCCCAUUGUCAUGAGAUCCCUCCCCUCCUCCCCCACACUUGGCACCGCGGCCAUCACGGUGCCCCUCGCCGUCGCGCCCCGAAGUCAACAUAAAACACGGCCUGGGAGCU